AUGGCAGCGGAAUACGCUCUGCUGAGGAACGCAGAUGUGUCGCCGAGAGGGAAUCACGAGCUGACGCCGCACGCAAGAGCUUCAGACACAGACAAGCAGACGGCCGCGAGAAAGACGAUCGAUGACGACUUCUGGUUCGAUGCCAAGCGCUUCCCCUCGUUUGAAGAGCUCGCAGCGCCGGAAGGCGGCGAAGGCCGCCAGCAAUGCAAAGAUGUCGGCAUCUACGUGAAUGUGUUGGAGAUACAAGAGGUAGACCAGAUCAAGGAGACUUUUACGGCCAUCUUUGUCUUCACCUUCUCCUACAUCGAUCCGACGUUGAAGGACUAUUCCCCCGAGGUCACGUACAUUGACCUUCACGACGCAAAGAACAGUGUCAAAAAAGUGCGGGCUCAGAUCAAAGGAAUCGAGAAAGGAAUCGGGCGAAUCUGUAUGGUGGACGAAGAUGGCCAUGAGCUUCGCAUCUUCAGGCGCGAUCUUCUGGCCAUCGGUGACGUGAAUUGGGACGAGCACAUGAAGCUGGACUGGUCCUUCAUGAAUGCAGUCGAGCAGCCAGAGAAGAUGAUGGACAACAGGCGGAUCGAAUACUUCAGUCACCAGGGUGCACACGUGCAGCACAAGAUCAAGUUUCGGGGCAUAUUCAGCGAUGACUUUCACCUGGAGCGAAUGCCCUACGACCGGCAGAUACUGCGAGUUCAGGUGGUGGGCGAGGUCCCAGUCUAUAUGAUGCGCUUCCUGCCUACUCAAACAGGGGCCGGAAAACUGCUGUGGCAUCAAAGUCGCGAAGACCGAAGAGUCCCGGCAGACUGGUGCGUGGAUAAAGAGAAGCUGCCCCAACUCGAGGUGCUGGUCGAGGAAGGCCCCACAUCGAGGGCCAGAUUCGAUGUGCACAUUUAUGUGGAGAGGCAUCCGGACUAUUACGUCAACAACGUCAUCUUCUUUGUGGGCAUGUUCACUUUGUGCACGGCUUUUGCCUUCUCAUCUGCAGUCACCACCAAGAAGAAGGACACAGACCCCACUUCUGAGCACAAGCAAUUGGAGAUACUCCUAACCCUGUUGCUCACCACUGUCGCGCACAAGAUUGUGCUGGCGAGCUGGUUGCCAGUGAAGCCAUACCAGACAAGUCUCGACUACUACAUUAUGUUCUGCUUUAUGUUCCAGGUUGGGGUCAUGGCCUACUGCGUCUGGGCUGAGCCGAUCGAGGAUCAGCUCGCAGAAUGGGCCAGCAAUGCGGGAACAGCCGGAUGGCGGUGGGCCGAAUCCCUGUUCCAGAUCUAUGAGCGCUGGGGCUCUUACAGUGUCUACGGGCCGCUUCUCCUACUCCACCUCUUUGUCUUUGCGGUGCUGAAGUUCCACGACAGCAACAAGAACCCGGUCGGUCGUUGGUUCUACGACCGUCUCUUCAUCGAGGACUGGCACAGCGUGUACAGGCGGAAGCAGGUGUGGCCCAAGAAGGACCCACCUUGCUCCAUCUACCAAGAAGGCUUGGAAGAGAAGAUGGUGGAGUCGGCCGUGGAGUCGGACAGCGAGACGCAGUCCGAGACUUGA